CACCACCGCCGCAAAAAAAACCACGUGGCUUCACCAUGCCUAGGCCGCCAGUGGAGCUGGAGCUGGAGGCCAAGGUCCAGAUGCCGGAGCUUGACGACCUGGCUGUGCAGGAGAUUUCGCAGCUGGUCUUCCAGGACGAUCGCUGGCAGACGGCUCAGCAACAGCUGCAGAUGAGGGCCCUCAGUCGGGAACAGGCCUUGAAGAUGCUACAGGAGGGUGCGGAGAUGUAUGGGUUUUGGCCCGACUUGGCCCGGGAGACCCUGGAAAGCCUGGUGACUCAGCUGAUGGGCAGCGAUGUACCGAGCCUGGGGCUGCAGCAGUGGAUCACGGCUUCGGAUGUCCAUCAGCUGGGCUCGGUGGUGCCGGGAGAGCAGAAGGCCAAGUCAGGCUCUCAGGCGAGCAUCAAGACUGGAAGGACCUCCGAGGAUGGCCCUGAAGGUCCUGAGAUGCGAGCCAUGCGCACCUUCGCCACGUCACGCUUCAGUGCCGAUCUGGUUGCCUUGGACAUCACCGAGUCUUCGCCCACGGGAGGCGUCGAGGUGCAACGAUUCCUGCAGGAGAAGCUGCCCAAGGGUAACACUAUGGCGAUGAAGCCUCGGGAGACGACCUUGGAUUGGAAAGGACAUAUGGUCAGCCCCAACUACUUCCGCGUGAUCAACGCCAGCAUCCACGUGGUGGUGUUUGUGGGUUGUGCCGCAUAUGCGCUUGACCUUGUGACCAACAAGUACCCGCAGGCUAACCUCAUGUUCAGUUGGCCCAUCUUUUUCGCACGCCUGGGCGGCAUGGCCACUGCUGUUUGGACGGCCUUGCUGUUUCUCAGCAUGGCACGAAGCAUCCUGACGAUUUGUUCUCGGUGCUUACCUCGGCGAGGCCGCAGCUUCUGGUUCACUUUCUUGGACUGCCACAAAGAUUUGCACAUCGAAGCCGGAAAAGCUUUGGUCUUCUACUCGGCAAUUCACAUUGUGGGGCACUGCAUUGGCACAGUGCCUGGCGUGUUGCAGAAGGAUGUUGCGGAACUAAAUCAGCUACUGGGAUGUGCACAGGAGGAUCCUCCAUACCUUUUGCAUUGGGAUUUGAGCAUAUUCCAUUGGCCCUCGUGCCCACUGAAAGAGGCCGACAAACCGAUGACCUUCACAGAAGCCUUGUUCCUCACGAUGCCUGGCUUGACGGGUUUCUUCCUGGUGGUGGUGCUUGCCGUCGUUGCUGUGACCAGCCGACACAAGUUCCGCGCGCGGAGCUUCGAAUGCUUUUGGAACUUGCACAAUCUUGCAAUCAUCCUCUGGCCUCUCCUACUAUUUCUACACGGAUCUCAAGGUUGGAUUGGAAUUGGCAUUCCUUUGGUCAUUGUGGUGUGUGGGCUCCCAAUGCUUCUGUAUACUGCCACCCGGGUGGCCCGAUUGUUCCGCUAUUACUGCGCAGGACGAUCCGUCAAAAUCUUGCGAGCUGUGGUUCGGCUUGGCAAAGAUGAGGGCCCAGAAGGAUCCUUGGUGCAGUUGGAGGUCACGAAGCCCAUGUGCCUAUGGAGUUGGAAACGAAAUGCGGGGAUGUAUGCAUACAUUUGUUUGCCGGACUACUCCAAGCUGCAAUGGCACCCCUUCACGAUUACCUCUGGCUAUGAUGAUGAAACUGUGAACUUCCUGAUCGCAGGUAUUGGAGAUUGGACUCAGGAAUUGGCUUCACGUUGCUUGAAUGGCACAAGGUUACCCCGCCUUGCUUUGGAUGGCCCGUUUUCAGCUCCAACACAAUCCGCUUUGGACAAGCGCGUCCUGAUUGCUGUGGGCGCUGGGGUUGGGGUCACGCCCUUCAUUUCCCUGCUGUCCACGCUUGUUUCCGAGCUGGUCUCCGAGACCAAACAUGGCCUGGUCGAAGCACAUUUUUACUGGAUCUCACGAGAACCAACAGAGUUCAUCUUCGCUUGGAACAUUUUGCAGAAGUGGUUGAAGCAUCCCAUCUUGCAGUCCAAGAUCUUCAUUCAUCUCUACUGCACUGCAAAAGGCCCCACUCAGAAUUUGAAGGGUUUCCUGUUCAGGGAAGCCGUGAGGAGGCAAUGUAUAGUGGAUCGCAAGCACUUCAAGAGCCAUCUCACUGACUGGCUGAAGCAAAAUGAAGUUCAAAGCCUGGGUCCUCAAUUCCCCUGGGCAUGGGCCGAAGGCGGCAGUGAAGAUUUGAUUUGGGUGAAGUGCCAAUCGCUUGAGUCUGAGGGUGUGGCAGCUGCCUUCAAGACGAUCCAUUCGGAGCAGUCCUCCAGGUACUCCACGACCAGCUUGGGAGGUGAGGAUUGCGCAGAGAUGUUCCCGGUCUGUUUCGGAAGGCCCCAUUUCAAGAGGGAUAUUGCAUCGAUUGGAAAAGCACGGCCAGGGAUGAAUAUUCAUGUAUACAUUUGUGGCAACGAUGGAUUGGUUGGUGACUUGCAGUCAGUGUGCAACAGUUGCGCGCAAGAAGCCCUUGCAAGAAGCCGCCAAAAUCGGACAGCCUUGCAGAAAUAUCUCGUCCACUACGAGAGGUUUGGUUGAGGCUGCAUAGGAUAAUUGAGAUUCACAUAUUGCUUUGUGGCUGGUUUAGGGAUUACACCAAGUAUUCCUAGGCCUAUUGCCUAGCUUUGUUGCGCGAGCUCAGAAAGCCGCGUGACGAAGUGAAUUCAGUGAGCUGCUACUGUAAAGAUGGCGAUGCGGCAAAGCGGUCUUGUAGGGAUGUUUGCUGCGGGCCCCAAGCAGGGCUAAUGCCGUUGAGUUUUGUUAUCCGAUCCCGAGUGGCAAAGAUUGCUCUCCACUUCAUCGAAAUGAUGAGUGUUGGAGACAAUCACUAGUUUGCGGCAUCGGGUUCGCCAGGCAGCAUAGUGCAAGGAAGGUAAAAAGA